AUGCCAGAAAAGAUCAAGAUCUCAAUCGACCGGGGUGGGACCUUCACCGAUGUCCACGCUCUCGUACCUGGGAAGCCUGAUAUCGUGUUGAAGCUUCUAUCAGUCGACCCCGACAAUUACAACGAUGCCCCAACCGAGGGUAUUCGUCGGGUGCUUGAGAAAGCGACCGGUGCCUCCCUACCCCGUGGUCAGCCCUUGCGACUGGACGGCAUAGAAUGCCUACGUAUGGGCACCACAGUCGCAACCAAUGCUUUGCUGGAGAGAAAGGGUGCCCGCUCGGCCCUCCUGACCACCAAAGGUUUUGGAGACCUUCUCAAGAUUGGCAACCAGGCCAGACCUGACAUCUUUGACCUGUCUGCGAGACGGCCAGGGGUCUUGUUUGAAGCUGUGGUCGAAGUGGACGAACGGGUCAUCCCGUCUCACCCUCGAGCCGAUGAGGGUGCCAUUUCGACAUACAAAGCAGUCACGGGGACAACUGGAGAACAAUUUCACGUGCUUGAAGAACUCAACGUUGAAAAGGUUACCAAGGAGCUUCAACUUCUCAAAGAACAGGGCUUCACGUCGGUGGCUGUUGCAUUGAUCAACUCCUUCGCGUACCCCGACCAUGAAAUCAGAGUUGGAGACAUUGCUGCCGGCAUGGGAUUUUCGGUCGCACUGUCUUCUAAACUGCAGCCCAUGAUCAAGGUGGUUCCUCGAGGCAUGUCUGCCACUGCUGAUGCCUACCUAACACCUGUGAUCAAGUCUUACAUGGACUCCAUCUCGGCCAACUUCGAAAGCGGUCUGGCAGGUGACCACGGCUGCCGUGUCGAAUUCAUGCAAUCAGACGGCGGUCUCGCAGAUUUCCGCCAAUUCAGUGGAUUGAGGGCCAUAUUGUCCGGUCCCGCUGCCGGAGUGGUCGGUUAUUCUGCAACGAGCUGGGAUGCUGAGGCCAAGAUCCCCAUCAUCGGUUUUGACAUGGGAGGAACCUCAACAGAUGUGUCUCGCUUCGAUGGCCACUUCGAUCACACCUUCUCAUCAACUAUUUCCGGAGUUACCAUCCAAGCACCGCAGCUAGACAUUAACACCGUCGCAGCCGGAGGUGGCUCUAUCCUUUCAUGGCAGAACGGGCUGUUCAUGGUUGGUCCUGAGUCGGCAUCCGCCCACCCAGGCCCGGCAUGUUAUCGUAAAGGUGGCCCUCUCACUGUCACCGACGCCAAUCUGUUCCUUGGCCGUCUUCUUCCAGAGUACUUUCCAAAGAUCUUUGGACCUAACGAGGACCAACCUCUCGACCGUGAGAUCACAGCAACUCUAUUCGCCGAGUUGACCGACAGAAUGAACAUGGAGCACCAGGGUGAUGCCAAACUCACGCCCGAGGAGGUUGCACUCGGCUUCCUCAAAGUGGCAGAUGAGUCAAUGACGCGACCUAUUCGAAACUUGACCGAAGCUCGUGGCUACGAGACAUCUUCCCAUCACCUUGCCUGUUUCGGCGGCGCCGGAGGUCAACAUGCAUGCAACAUUGCCGCCUCGUUGGGAAUCUCUCGCAUCAUCAUCCACAAAUACUCUUCCAUCCUGUCAGCAUACGGACUGGCUCUUGCCGACAUUGUACACGAGGCACAGGAGCCCAUGGCUGGCGAGUAUCAGAGCUCGCAAUCCAUAAUCCAGGAGAAAUUCAAUCGUUUGAUUGGUGACUCGUCGAGCAAGUUACUGGCUCAAGGCUUCAGAGACAAUCAGCUGAAACAGGAUCUCUUCCUCAACAUGAGGUACGAGGGUUCUGAUACGAGCUUGAUGGUUUUGAAGCCGGAGGAUGGGGACUUCAUGUCUUCGUUCAUCGAACGACACCAGAGAGAGUUCAACUUCACCAUGCAGCGGCCUAUUCUUGUCGAUGACGUUCGCGUGCGCACGAUUGCCAUGUCGAAGGGAGAGCCGGAGAAGAGUCCCCUCCAGCAAUUGAAGGCAGCCGAGUUCAAGGAGGCCAGGAGUCCGGCCAAGACUACAAAGGUCUUUUUCGACUCGAAGGUUGGAUUUGUCGACACCCCCGUGUACCUGCUGCGUGACGUAGGCUCCAAUGUCAAGCUUCAAGGCCCAGCCAUCAUCAUCGAUGAGACGCAGACCCUUGUCGCCGUUCCGGGUGCUACCGUACACGUUCUUGACACCUGCAUCAUCAUGGACCUUGAGCAGAGCGCACCGAAGCUCCCACUCAACGGCACUGUCGAGGAGCAGAUUGAUCCCGUUCGCCUGACCAUCUUCGGCCACCGGUUCAUAUCUGUGGCGGAACAGAUGGGUCGUACUCUCCAGAAAACAGCCGUUUCAACAAAUAUCAAGGAGCGGCUUGACUUUUCCUGUGCGCUCUUCUCUCCUGAUGGCGGGCUUGUUGCCAACGCGCCUCAUGUCCCUGUCCAUCUUGGGUCGAUGCAGUUUGCAGUCCGAUUCCAACACGAAAGGUGGCUGGGAAAACUGAAGAACGGCGAUGUGUUGGUCGCAAAUCACCCAGCCAGCGGUGGAACUCACUUGCCGGAUGUUACCGUCAUCACUCCUGUUUUUGCGCCGGGCACUGACGAUAUCAUCUUCUACGUUGCGUCAAGAGGUCAUCAUGCCGACAUUGGUGGCAUUUUACCUGGCUCGAUGCCACCCAACUCCACCGAGUUGUGGCAAGAGGGCACAGCAAUCGAGUCCGAGAAGCUCGUGUCCGGUGGUUUGUUCAACGAGGAGCGGAUGAGAGAACUCUUCCUUGAUAUCCCAGCUCGCUACCCAGGCUGCUCUGGAAGCCGCAAUAUUAGCGAUAAUAUCUCGGACUUGAAGGCUCAGAUUGCCGCCAACGCAAGGGGGAUUUCUCUGAUCGGCAACCUCAUCGCCGAGUAUGGGCUCGGGACGGUCCAGAAAUACAUGUAUGCCAUCCAGAAAGCUGCUGAACUAGCUGUGAGAAACCUCCUCAAGGGUAUGUAUGAGCAGUACGGAGGCAAGCCGCUCGAAGCCAUCGACUACAUGGAUGAUGGCACGCCAAUCAAGCUCAAGAUCACAAUCCAGCCAGACGGUUCUGCCGUGUUCGAUUUCAAGGGCACUGGUCCAGAGGUUCAUGGAAACAUCAACGCUCCUGAAGCGAUCACACACUCAGCCAUCAUUUACUCGCUGAGGUGCAUGAUCAACUCGGACAUCCCCCUGAACCAGGGCUGUCUCGGGGCAAUCGACAUCCGCAUCCCCAGACCGAGCAUACUCAGCCCGACACGAGCUGCCGCCGUGGUUGGCGGCAAUGUGACGACGAGCCAGCGAGUGACGGACGUCGUGCUCAGGGCUCUCCGGGCCUGUGCGGCUUCACAGGGUUGCCUGAACAACUUGACAUUCGGCAUCGACGCCCAGACCGACGAGUCGACUGGAAAGGUAGUACCUGGGUUCGGCUAUUACGAGACCAUCGCCGGCGGCAGUGGCGCGGGACCCGACUGGUAUGGCGAAAGUGGCGUGCAUGUCCACAUGACCAACACUCGCAUCACUGAUCCAGAGAUCUUGGAAAAGAGAUACCCGUGCAUAUUGCGCCGCUUUGAGCUGAGACCGAACACUGGCGGAGAGGGUCAGUAUCGGGGCGGCGACGGCGUGGCCCGAGAGAUCGAGUUCCUCACGCCGGUACAGUGCUCGAUCCUCUCGGAGCGACGUGUCCAUCGCCCGUACGGAAUGGAGGGCGGCGAGGCCGGAGCCACUGGUCUGAAUCUUUGGCUGACCACGGACAAGUGGACAAAACAAGCUAGAGUUGUCAACAUGGGCGGUAAGGGUAGUGUGAAGAUGGGUGCUGGUGAUAGGGUUGUCAUUAUGACUCCUGGUGGUGGUGGUUAUGGGGCUGCCAAUGAAUAG